AGCAACCAGUUUGGACGCAACCAGCGGAGCUCACUCAGCGUGAACCAUAGUUGUCAUCAGGUUGCUACAACUUUGAGCGAAGGUCAUAACACAAGAGGGGAGAACUGCUGCCUAAUUUCUAUUAAUUUCUGUUUUUACUGAUGCUGGGACGUUGUUAAGCGUUAAGUGUAUAUCCAGCGUGCCUCUGGUCUUCUCUCCCCGGCUGACCAAUGCUUCUGCAUCAGUUCAUGAACGGAGCCCUGGAAGUCAUGCAUCCCUCACCGCUUCAGAAAGACACUACUUUUACCAAAAUCUUUGUCGGCGGGCUGCCGUACCACACGAACGAUGCCUCACUCAGAAAAUACUUCGAGGCCUUUGGGGACAUUGACGAGGCUGUGGUGAUAACGGACAGACAGACCGGUAAAUCCAGAGGAUACGGCUUUGUGACGAUGACAGACCGGGGAGCAGCAGAGAGGGCCUGCAAGGAUCCCAACCCCAUUAUCGAUGGCAGGAAGGCCAAUGUGAACCUGGCCUACCUGGGUGCCAAACCCCGCAGCUUACAGUCAGGCAUAUCCAUCGGAGUGCAGCCCAUUCACCCAGCACUCAUCCAGAGGCAGUAUGGGUUGGCCCAGCCAUACGUCUUCCCACAAGCCUAUGUGCAGCCUAGCCUGGUACUGCCCACACAGGUUUCCAGCUCCGUCAGCUCCAGCCCUUACAUGGACUACAGCGCAGCCUACACCCAGUACGCCCAGGCCGCCUUUGAGCAGCAGUACCCGUACACAGCCUCCCCAGCUGGCUUCCUUGGGUAUAGCUAUGCCACCAGCCCAACAGCCAGCGCCGGACCGGCCGCCGCCGCCACAGCUCCAGCAACCGUCCACCCGACUCUCCCCUCCGCCGCCGGUCCGGCUCAGGCCUUCCUGCACUACGCCCCGCAGCAGCACAUCCAGCCAGACCGCAUGCAGUGAGCCUGUGAAGGAGGAAGAAGGAGCGUUAUAGGAGGAGGAGGAGGAGGAGGAGCGAGGUGGAUGCGGACCUUAGGAUGGAGGAUGGCAAAACACCCAACAGGGUGACCCAGCUAUUAGCAGGGGCUUUCAGGAAAAAAGGGUGGGACUAUUGCACUAUAUGAUCAGGAUGAGCCGUUUGCUCAUUGGUAAAAGGGUUAGGAGGGGUUGGAGGACUGUCAGGUCGGGAAGCUAAACAGCAUAAAGUAUGUGGUCGCUUCCAAGGGCUUCCAGAAGCUGACACUUCAUUUUUUUAAUUAUUAUUAUUAUAAUUAUUAUUAUUUUUAUCGUCCUUUAUUAUUGUAUUAAUGUCAUUGUCAAUGUUUGUUUGUAUGCCAUUUAUUGUCAAUGCUAUCAUGUUUUGGGCUCAAUCAGUGGAAGUUAUGUGUGUCCAUGGUACAUAUAAUGACGACUGGAGAGCUGUCUGGGACAUGUCACACCUCUUUCCUCCCGACUCCAGAGCAUCUGGGGCGGAUGUGAAGGGCACUGCUGCUUUAGGACACCUGGGACAGUAGAGAUGUGGGGUGCAGGGUGAAGGACUGGGUGGUGAUUUGGGGAGCCUAUCUGUGGUCCCACCCUGGUGCCAUCCAGUGAGUUAGAGCACUGACUGCCCUAUGAACAAACCAGCUCCACAACGCAGGAGGACGAUGAGAUUUCACCUCAAGGACAAAACAGAAAGACAGUGGGAGCUCUAUCCUUUUAAGACUGAUGUCAGGACUUCACAUUUUUUUAAUUCAAUUAAUUAAAGAGGCCUUAAUAAAAGAGAAACUCCUUUUUUUUAAUCUCUUGAAUUUUCAAGUGCUCCCCCCACCACAGAACCAAGUGCAGAGAGCCCUUUAACUGUAACUGGCCUUUCAGCAGUCAGUCACAUUAAUCUGGCUUACUUGGAUCUUGAUAAUUUCAAAUGGAUGUAGAUAAUCACAUGCAGUAUGUGGGCGGCGGGGACCAGGAGUACUGUGUAUCGUUGAAAGGUAGCUGACACUGAGCUCAAACACCAGUGUAUUUUUGUUUCCUCACUGAGAUUGUCACAAGUUGUUGCUCUCAAAAGGACAUUCAUGUACAGCAAUUUAAAAUGUUUUCAGUUAUCAACUACAUUUACAAUAUUUAUAUGUAGGUAUUUAUAUGAGGUACUAAGUUAAAAUAGCUUCAUUUUUUUGUUACUAUGACUCUAGUUGUGCCACUGAUGUCAUUUAGCCUGCAGAGGCAUACCUGCAGAUCCACAGGUGUCGUAUUCAUUUUGUUAUUUGUCCUGUCACCAUGUCAGUGGAUUUGCCCGGGUGCACAGCAACUACAGUAGAUGCUCCUUUGUAGAUCCUUCACCGGUUGCAUCAGAAAUUAUCUAGAUUUUUUCAAUAAAGAUGUCUUUUACAGUCCCUUCAAAGAAGCCAUACCAAAAAAAAAAAUAGAAAUAAAGACUUUGUACUUAAA